CAUGAAAGUGUCUAAUGAAAAAACAAAAGCCUUCCCCUUUGUAUAUAAAUUAACCAAAGCCCCCCCCAAUGAGAAUGAGGGUUGUUUUGCCCUUUGGUUAAUUAAGAGAAUCAUCAUCCAUUUCAUUUCAUAACCCUUUUGAGUUCUCCUCCAAUGGAUCCAAGAAUCUCAUUUUCAAAUGAUUUUGUUGAAACAAAACAGCCAUUAAAGCUUGAAAAUAUAUACAGAGAAGCUCCUGUUUCUUCUGAUUUUGAGUUUAGUGUGAAGGAUAGAUGUAUGAUAUCAGCAGAUGAGAUUUUUUUUCAAGGGAAGUUGUUGCCAUUGAAGGACAGUUUAAGGAAUCAUGUGUUGGUUAAGACAACAUUAAGAGAUGAGUUGCAAGUGAAUGAAGAAGAAGAUGAUACUUCAUUUCCCAAGUUCACAAAAAUUUCUUCAGGUAGCUGUUGGAAGGAGAAAUUUGGUUUUAGGAAAUCUCAUUUUGUUGCAAAGAAACAGAGUAGAAAUGAAGUGGUUUUGAAAACUGUUGAAGAAGAAGAUAGAACUUCUGUUUUUCUUCAUGAAGACCUCAUUAAUAUUGCGAGAAAGAAUGGGAAAUGCUACUUGAAGAAAGCUAACUCACAAAGAUGAAAGGAAAUUAGAGAGAUGGUAAUAAACUAAUGUAAAGCAGAAGGGACAUUACAAGAUUAUAUCUUCAGAAAACAAAGCCUUGUUUAUGGGGUUUUUGGUUAAAAAAGAAAGAAAAGCUUUUCCAUCUAUUUAUUUUGUAUAAAUGUUUUUAGAUUUUCAUGAGCUGCCUAGAUUUUAAUUUUAUCAUUUGCAAUUCCUUCAUGGAUUUUAUUAAUCAAUACAUUUUAACUCUCUUAUAUAA